AUGGCGCCGCCCGCCGAGAUUACCAUUCCGACAACGUCCCUCCACACGCCCGCCGAUAACUCGAAACCUUACACGCUCUACAACAUCACACUGCGUCUGCCGCUGCGCACCUUCGUCACCCAGAAGCGCUACUCCGACUUUGCCACCCUUCACCAGACCAUCACCGCCUCAGUCGGCGCUUCGCCGCCGGCCCUGUUGCCGGGCAAGUCGUGGUUCAAGUCGACUGUUUCGUCGCCUGAGCUGACAGAGGACCGUCGCCGCGGCCUCGAAGCCUACCUUCGCGCCGUAGCAGAGUCGCCCGACCGACGUUGGCGGGAUACCCCCGCCUGGCGCACCUUCCUCAACCUGCCCAGUCCGAACAGCGCCGGUAACAGCGCCGCGAGCGUGAGGCGUGGCUAUGGCAUCCCAAACAAGGAUGCUGCAAACGCGGCUGCGGCCCAGGAUCCGGGCACAUGGCUCGACCUGCACGGGGAGAUGAAGAGAGACUUCCAAGAGGCCCGGCGUUGUCUGGCAAGGAGGGAUGGCGCAACCGAUCACUCGGCGGGAAUGGAAGCUGGCUCGUCCGCCAAAAAGGCCCUGAUCAAGGCUGGCGGCUUGUUGACCUGUCUUCAACAAGGGUUGAAAGCAAUGGAGGACGGAAAGAGGCUCGGCGAAGGCGAGAUCAGACGACGUAAGGACUUACUUGCGUCGGCCCGGGUCGACAGGGAAGACUUGGACACGCUGGUCUCCACAUUACCAGCUGUUUCAAAGGCGGUGCAGAAGGCCAUGCCGUCGACCUCGGACAAAACUGCAUUGCUAGGACACGCCCCUAGCAAAGCACGUGGGAGAGUGCUGGGCGCACCACUGCCCGAGACUGACCGAACCAGAGAGCUCGACAAUCAGGGCGUGUUGCAGUUACAGCAGCAGACGUUCCAGGAGCAAGAUGAGGAUGUGACGGCCCUGGCUAAGAUCAUCAGGCGACAGCGCGAGAUGGCCGAGGCGAUUGACCGCGAAGUGAGGGAGCAGACGGAAAUGCUGGACGAGGUCAAUGCCCAGGCCGACGUCGUGGCAGGCAAGGUCAACGUGGCAAAUUGGAGGACGAAGAAGAUAUCCUGA